AUGGCGGACGAGAACCUAAAGAAACAGGCAAACAAAUCUCUAGGUCGUGAAGGUGCUACUUAUGGUUGCUCAACUCGCGAGUAUACUGUCACUCGCUUAUGUGGGAAGCACUUUGACAUCAGUGUGAUUUAUAAACCACCAGGUGGGACACGUAAAAGACUGCUGGAUGGAGCAAAGCCAAUAUUACAUGCAUGGUAUGAUUUUGGAAAAGAUUUUAAAAAACGAAAACAACCAAUGUUAAUAGCGUCUUCCAGGAAAAUAUGCAGAAUUCAGACACCAUUGCAACUCAAUUUUUCUGAUGAAGAACUUGAAGUAACACAGACACCAGAGAUAUCUGAAUUGGAUCAAAUGAAAGAAAAACUCCGAAAUUUUAAAAAUGAUAACAAACAACCUUCUGAAGGGAUAGUAAGCAACGCAGUGACCACAUGGGUUAAUUUUAUAUAUCUAAAGUUGGGAUCAAUGUGCAUCUGGCCAGACAGAAAAAAAAUACAAAUGCUAACGCCUAGUUCAAUGAAGGAAAAUUUUCCAACUACAAGAUGUAUAAUUGAUUGUGUGGAAUUUAAAGUUGAAGUUCCGUCAUCCCUUUAUGUUCAUAAAAUGUUGUAUUCAGAUUAUAAGAGCCACACCACAGUAAAAGUUUUAGUUGUAAUAGCUCCUGGAGGUGGGUUCACUUUUAUUCCUUCAGCGUAUCCUGGAAGUAUUUCAGAUAAAAGUAUUGUGAUUAAAAGUGGAUUUUCACAUCCUGGUUUAUGGGAGAAAGCGGACAGUGUAAUGACAGACAGAGGUUUCACGAUUGAAGAAUAUUUAAAACCAUUGAAUGUAAAAUUAAUAAUACCAGCUUUUUUAAAAGGACGUGGACAAUUCACCACAAACGAGAUUGUAAAAAGUCAACAAAUUGCAAGAGAGCGAAUACAUGUGGAACAAAUGAUUCAGCGUUUUAAAUGUUACCAUAUAUUUAAUGAAGUAGAACCGGUCAGCAUGAUGGGAUCCAUGAAUCAAAUUAUUACUGUUUGUGGAUUGCUGGCAAAUUUUUAG